CCCCGGGGGAGGCACCGGAAGGCGCCCGGCGCUGAUUCAUUGCAAUAAAUUGUUCCCGACGCGGCGAGGUUCGGUCAUCGCCGCCCGAGACGGAGUCGGAGCCGGAGCUGCAGCCGGAGCAGCAGCGGAGCGGCCGCCGGAGCAGCAGCGGAGCGGCCGCCGGAGCAGCCGAGGAGGGAGGAUGAAGAUGCAAGCCGAGAUUAUCCGCAAGGGCGAGCUGGAGAAGCGGAGCGACAGCCUUUUCCAGCUCUGGAAGAAGAAGCUGGUGGUGCUGACCAAGGACAGCCUCAGCCUCUUCCCCGACGGGCACAAGCGGGCCAAGGGCAAGGAGCUGGGCUUCGGCUCCAUCCUCAAGGUGGACUGCGUGGAGCGCACGGGCAAGUACAUCUACUUCACCAUUGUCACCAAAGACCGCAAGGAGAUUGACUUUCGGUGCCCGGAUCAGAGCUGCUGGAACGCCUCCAUCACAAUGGCCCUCAUCGACUUCCAGAACAAGAGGGCCAUCCAGGACUUCAAGAGCCGCCAGGAGAUGGAGCAGGCGGCGGGCGCCCAGGAGCGGCGGAUGGCCCGGGCGCCCUGAAGCCCCCCCUGCCCGCCCCAGAGCAUACCACUGGAUGAGAAACCAGAUCAAGUGUCUUGGACUGAAAUGGGACAGGGUACCAAUGAAGCAAAGCGAAGAAGAGAGCUGGAAGCAGCUUGGUUUUCUCCGAGCCCGUUGAGGCUGCUGAGCAAAGAGCCCUGAGCUUUGCCUGAGAUGCAUUUAAAGAAAAACCAAAGACUUUCAUAAAGGACUUCUGGCAAAGUGUUCACGUGUUUUGAGUGGGACAGCUUUGCAAACAAUUAUCUUCUAUUUAUGAGACGCAAGGAAGAUUCAACACUGACUGGUGGUGUUAAACACAGUUUAAAUUAUUUGUAGUAUCUAUAUUUGUAUUUAUUUUGAUGAAUGUCUUUCAGCAGUUACUGGUCUUAAUAUUGCUUUUGCAUUAAUAUGUCCAUUCCAAAUAAAUUACUUGAAAUGUUCACUUUU